UAAAAUCUACAUUGGAGAAAAGACAAAAUUGAACCAAGAAAAAACAUUUCCUAAAACACAUUAAGCUGAACUGUGAUUUAUUUGAUUACUUAACAGAAUCAACAGACUUCUUUGAAGACGGAGACAUAUCCAGGUUUCGACGUAUGCCUUGUAUGGCACACACACUUCAGCUUGCAUUGAAAGAUGCCAUGAAACAAUCAGGAGCCAGUUCUGCUGUUAACAAAGCCAGGAACCUUAUUCAUUCUGUCAGGAAAUCUUCGGUAGCAAAUGAGCAAAUGAUUAAAAGGUGUGGCCGAACACUGAUUCGUGACUGCCCCACACGGUGGAACAGUACACUUGACAUGCUGAAGCGACUUCUGGAAACUAAAGCUACACUUAAUGAGGUUCUUGAUGAACUCGGGAUAGAUACACUGUUGACCAGUGAUUGGGCCAAGUUGGAAAACCAACUUAAAGUAUUGGAGCCAUUUGGCAUGCACACAGAUCAGCUUCAAACAGAUAGCCAGUCUCUGUCAGAGGUGAUACCUUCCCUGCUAAACCUGGAGGCACAUCUCCAGUCAACUAGUGGAGAGAAAAAUUUGGCACAAGCUCUUCUCAAGUGUUUGCGCCAACGUUUUACAUGUCUGUUAGAUCCCAUUAGUGACUAAUUUGAUCCAGUCCCUGCAGCCGCAUGUCUAAUGGAUCCAACUGUCUCUCUAACCCUACAGUCUCCUGAACUAAUAUCUUUGAAAAGAACAGCA